GGCUCCAGCGAAUCAGCUGCGUCCGAGACUCGUAGCAAAGAAUACAAAGAGGUGAGCAGACGCGAAACCGAAGAGCAGGCACGAGCUCAAAUCGAAAAUGCUAAGUACCAGCCCGUCGCGUUCGCCGUACGCACGAACGCAGCUUUCGACGGUUUGGUCGAUGACGAUGCUCCUCUGCUUGGUAAAGCUGUGUCCUUCGAAGUCAAGGAAUUCCUGCACAUCAAACUGAAGUACAACAACGAUUGGUGGAUCGGCCGUAUUGUCAAAGAAGGCGCCGAACUGGGGUUCGUUCCAUCUCCAGCAAAAUUGGAGUCAGUGAAGAUAUACUGCCAAAUGAGGCCAAAACUUUUUCUUGUAUCUACUUCCUGUAUCUCAAAUGGCUACGAAGUAACGGACAUGAUGCAGAAAGCCGUGUUUGACUUCUUGAAGCAUCGUUUCGAAGGAAGAAUAAUCAUUACCCGAGUGACAGCGGAUGUGUCGUUGGCAAAAAAGACAACAAUGACCAACCCGACGUUUCCAAAGACUCUGAUCGAACGGAGCAACUCGAAGAACAGUUUCACACUCGGUAAGAUCAAAUUGCGGUAUAUAAUUUUAUUGGAUUGUGACACGAUUAACCACCCAUCACAGUUGACGAAGACAUCGUUGGCUCCAAUCAUUGUGUAUAUAAAAGUAACCUCGCCGAAAGUGCUUCAGCGCCUUAUCAAGUCCCGGGGCAAAUGUCAGGCUCGGAGCAUGAACGUCCAGAUGGUAGCGGCGGAAAAAUUGGCGCAAAGUCCUCCGGAAAUGUUCGACGUGAUCCUGGAUGAGAACCAAUUGGACGAUGCCUGCGAACACUUGGCCGAAUAUCUGGAGGCGUACUGGAGAGCAUCUCAUCCACCAGUAAAAAGCCCCUCUCAAAUGAGGAAGCAUCGCCAACAAACACCCAGUACCCAAGUGAGGGCGUUUUCUCAAUCGCCACCAAUCGGGAGGAACGGUGCUGUCAUACAGGCUGAUAGGUUUACAGAUAUUUGA